AUGGAUGAGAAGAAGCUCGACGAGCACACCGUCCAGAGUGGCUCGGAUGGUCCCCCAUCCUAUGGCGACUCAUCUCCCACGAAGGGAGGCUUAGGCCAACGAAUCAUGGACAGUUUCAAGAGAGACCCCAACCAGAACGUCACCGGCCAUGCGGGAGCUGAUGGCGCUGGCUUCGAUCUCGAGGGUGCCGCCCAUAACACUGCCCACUCCCCGUUGCAGCGUCGCUUGAAGGGGCGCCAUCUGCAGAUGAUUGCCAUUGGUGGUUCUAUUGGUACUGGUCUCUUCGUUGGUUCCGGAUCCGUCUUGGCUGCCGGUGGUCCCGCCUCAGUAUUGAUUGCCUAUAUUUUGAUUGGAUGUAUGCUUUACUGCACAGUUCACGCCUUGGGUGAAAUGGCCGUUCUCUUCCCUGUUGCCGGUUCUUUCGCCCAUUACUCGACUCGUUUCGUGGAUCCGGCUUGGGGUUUUGCUAUGGGUUGGAAUUACGCUCUUCAAUGGCUUGUUGUCCUACCUUUGGAGAUUGUCGCUGCUUCUAUCACGGUCGAUUAUUGGAACCCAGGUGUUUCCAAUGCCGCAUGGGUAACCAUCUUCUGGGUUUUGAUUGUCGCAAUCAACUUGUUCGGUGUGCGAGGAUACGGUGAAGCUGAAUUUGUCUUCUCCAUCAUCAAGGUCAUUGCUGUUAUUGGUUUCAUCAUCCUCGGAAUCGUCCUCAACUGCGGUGGUGGUCCCGAAGGUGGAUACAUUGGUGCCAAGUACUGGUACGACCCAGGUGCAUUCAGAAACGGUUUCAAGGGUCUCUGCAGUGUGUUUGUCAACGCCGCGUUUGCCUUUGCUGGAACCGAGCUGGUCGGUCUUGCCGCCGCCGAAACCGCUAAUCCCCGCAAGUCCCUCCCCACUGCCGUGAAGCAGGUCUUCUGGCGUAUUGCUCUCUUCUACGUGGUUUCCCUUACCGUCGUUGGCCUCCUGGUGAGAUACGACGACCCGAAACUUAUCAGCGGUACCUCCUCCGCCGAUGCUAAGGCCUCUCCUUUCGUCAUUGCCAUUGAGAAUGCAGGAAUCAAAGCUUUGCCUUCGAUCAUGAACGUCGUCAUCCUGGUUGCUGUCCUGUCCGUCGGUAACUCCUCCGUCUACGGAUCCUCGCGUACUCUUGCCGCCCUUGCCGAGCAGGGCCAAGCCCCCAGGUUCCUCGCAUAUAUCGACCGCCAGGGUCGUCCUCUCCCCGCCAUUCUGGUUGCAUCUGCUUUGGGUCUGCUCUGCUACCUCGCCGCCUCAGAUGUGCAGACUACUGCCUUUGCCUGGAUGAUGGCCAUCUCGGGUCUGUCGUCUAUUUUCACUUGGGGUUCCGUGUGUGGUGCCCACAUCCUCUUCCGCCGUGCGUGGAAGCAACAGGGUCACAGCCUGGAUGAGCUGGCCUUCCGUUCCCAGCCCGGUGUCAUUGGCUCGUGGAUCGGUCUCAUCUUCAACUGUCUCGUGCUGAUUGCCCAGUUCUGGGUUGGUUUUGCCCCCAUCGGUUACGCAGAGAUGAGCGCCCAGGAGAUUGCCUACAACUUCUUCUCUGUCUACUUGGCCGCCCCCGUGGUUCUGGUUUCCUACAUCGGUUACAAGGUCGUGUACAAGACCAAGUUUAUUCGCCCAUCCGAGGCGGAUUUGGCUACCGGUCGUCGCGACCUUGAUGUUCAGCAUUUGGUUGAACAGGAGCGGGCCGAGCAAAAACAAUGGCCUGCAUGGAAGAAGGUUUACAACUUCUUCUGUUAA